AUGGCACGAACACGGAAGAUGAAGCCAAAGAAACCGUCAGCACCUGACGCCAAAACAGUUCAAUGCAAGUUUACCGAUUUCCUUAUAACAGGUUCUGUUUAGCACUUCCAUUCAACACAGACAAAGGUCAGCACAUUCUCAAGAACCCAGGAAUCGUUAACGCGAUUGUCGAGAAAUCAGCCUUGAAACCCACAGAUCUUGUUAUGGAGGUUGGCCCUGGUACAGGAAACUUGUCAGUGAAGAUAUUGGAGAAGUGCAAGAAGCUGAUAGCAUUCGAAGUCGAUCCUAGGAUGGUUGCCGAAGUCAAGAAAAGAGUUAUGGGAACGUAAGUUGUUUAGAAAAAUGAUUUUUGAUUAUGUCAUAGAAGCAGUGCUCUCAAAACAUUUAUGUUGACUGCCACUUCGCAAAAUACUGGUUUAGGCCUCUACAACACAAGUUAGAAGUUCGUAUUGGGGACGUAUUACGACAUGAUGAUUGGCCAUUCUUCGACGUCUGUGUAGCCAAUUUACCGUAUCAAAUAUCAUCGCCAUUUGUGUUCAGAUUACUACUACAACGUCCUUUGCCACGAUAUGCCGUUCUGAUGUUCCAAAAAGAAUUCGCUGACAGAUUAACUGCCGAGCCAGGUUCUAAACUAUACUGUAGAUUGUCAGCAUCGGUUCAGUUACUAGCCAAGGUAGAACACUUGAUGAAAGUGAAAAGAACAGAGUUCAGACCUCCCCCGAAAGUGGACUCUGCUGUUGUACGCAUAGAACCUAUCAACCCACCUCCACAGAUCAACUACAAGGUACGGGAAUGAAAUCAAAAGAUGGUUAUAAUGCUUUUGUUUAAAUAAUGCUUUAAAAAUAGUAAGUAAUGUCAUCUUUCAGGAAUGGGAUGGUCUGUUACGCCUCGCAUUUUUGAGGAAAAACAAAACUUUGUUGGCGAUUUUUCAUCAAAAACAAGUAAUCGAGCUGAUCGACAAGAAUUACCGCACAUACUGUAGUUUGAAGAACAUUGUAAGUCAAUGAAGCCUGACGUUAGGUAACAUGUCUGUGACGUAACCUUUAUAAAAUAUACUAGGCUUGAAAAUCUGUUUCUAGGAAAUUGACCCAAGUUUUAACGCCAAAGAUCACAUCGAGAACAUCCUCCGCACUAAUGGAUACGCAGAGAAGAGGGCGAGAGUCAUGGCCAUCGAUGACUUCUUGACCUUGUUGUUGGCCUUCAACAAAGCCGGUAUCCACUUCACCUGA